AUGCCGUUGAUCAAUGGAUUGAAAAUGGCCUGUGAGCCAUGUAUCCGAGGUCAUCGAUCAACAAAAUGUACACACGCGAAUGAGAGACUGAUGGUGCCGGUGAGGAAGCCCGGAAGACCACUCAGUGCAUGCCCUCACUCGAAAGAUCAACCAUGUAACUGUGGGAGUGUUACUGCUGCUAUUCCAAGGAAGCAAGCAUGCCACUGUGGUACCGACACACCUGUCUCGACUCCUCCGGCUCCUAUGCAACGAGUCAACUCCAUAUCCGACCCUACUUCCCCGACGCAACUCACAUUUAAAAUACAAAAGACAGCAUCGAAGCCACAGUCCAGCAGGAAACAAUCAUUUGAUCCUGUAAAUUUGGAACGCAUGGAUUUAAACCAAGUCAAUAUAGUUCCCUUCGAUCAACAUACCCAGAGAAUGCAAAUCAUUCCCCCAAAUGCAUAUCAUAUUUCGACUGCUCCGCAACCCUAUGGGUAUGGCCCACCACAAUAUUCCAUCAUGCAACAACAAUAUGGCACCGUUCCUGUUCAACUGCCUCCGCCUAUGCAUGGAUUAGGAGGACCGAUAACAGAUAUAAGAAUAAGUGGAUUUACGAAUGGGCUCAGCAGCUUAGAUCAAGUUGUGGAAGAUCCUCUCGAGACACCGACUGAAGUGAAGAAUGGUCAAAUUACUCCUAAAAUGAACGGUGGUUCUUGUUGUGCGCCAUCUACUCCAGAAACCCCACCUCACAUCGAUAAUGUCGCUACGAGUAGUGCUUCAUGCUGUGCGCCUAAACAAAAUACCCACAGCCACACUUCUUCGAAUGCCAGUACAAUGUCAGAACCUCCGCAAGCUACACCUAAACCUAAAAGUUGUUGUUCUUCAAAGAAGAAGCCUUCAUCGACUCAAAACUCCCAAACGAAUACUCCCAUGAUGAACCCACACAUACCACAAAAUGGAUUUCCGAUGAAUAAUGCCAUAUAUUCACAAUACCCACCUACCGUAUUCACAUACCCUGCUACAUAUGGUUCUUAUCAAAACCCACUACAGCCAUCCGCAUGGCGCCAAGGUGUCCACGAUAUGAGUUACGGACAUGUUCAAGGGCAACCAUCUGUUCCUAAUGCGCCUUUGUCAUUCGAUCCGACUCAAAUGGCCCAAAACCCCGAGACCGUUCAUACAUGUGGUUGUGGCGACGGCUGCCAAUGUGUUGGUUGCGCAGCUCAUCCAUAUAACGAUGCGACAAGACAAUACGUCCUGUCAGCUUGGGAAUCGAUGCGGGUCGAACCCGACCUUUACAGCAAUGGUCACGCACAUGGGCGUAUCAACUCGAAUGGGAACAUUGCACCUAAUUCCAUCCAGACACAAGAUAUUAUCAAGGAGAACCCCACUUCUCCGCCUCCUGCUACUCCGUCUAGUACUACUUCCGGAGCUGCAGAAGAACAAAGCCUUUCAGCGUCGGAUUUUUUCUUCGUAAAUUAUCCCUUUAGCGCAGAAGACGGCUGUGCAGGAGAAACUCAAAGCUGUCCCUGCGGUGAUGAUUGCCAAUGUUUAGGCUGUACUAUUCAUCGCGUUCCAGAUAUUCCUUGCCCUGGCGAGAAGGAGACUUGUCCCUGUGGCGAUGACUGCGCUUGUAUUGGCUGUACUAUACACAACAUGUGA